AUCUGCCACGUUGCGUGCGCAUGCGCCCAACCCGGAAGCCACGACGGCAAAAGAUGGACUACUUCCGAAAUUUUCUUGGGACUCCUCAAGGAGGAGAACAACCAACCGGUGCAGAAACGGUUGAGAGAUUGACAGAGCGAGCCACCUCCUCCACCCUGCUAGAAGAUAGGCGUGGUGCAAUCAGAGCCCUUAAAUCUCUGUCAAAGAAAUACCGCCUUGAAGUUGGCACACAGUCUAUGGGAGUAUUGAUCAAUGUCUUGGAACAGGACAGAAAUGAUGCUGAGAUCACCGGUUAUGCUCUGGACACAUUGUGCAAUGUCAUGUCUAAUGAACCAUCGGAAGAUGAUGAUGAAAUGCCAUCACAUGUUCCAAGUGAACUAGGAGGACAGUUCACAGAAAUCUUUAUCAAAGAGUCAGAGAAUGUCUCUCUUCUGCUCUCUCUGUUGGAGGAGUACGACUUCCAUGUGCGCUGGCCGACGGUAAAGCUGCUGACCGUCCUACUGACCAACAAGAGCAAGCACCUGCAGGAAUGCAUCUUGGUCAGUCCCAUGGGUGUGUCCAAACUCAUGGAUCUACUGUCAGACAGUCGUGAGAUCAUCAGGAACGAUGCACUGUUGUUAUUGAUUCAACUCACGAAGGGGAACGCCAACAUUCAAAAGAUUGUUGCAUUUGAGAAUGCAUUUGAACGUCUCAUCGAGAUCAUCCGAGAUGAGGGCAACAGUGAUGGUGGUAUUGUCGUGGAAGAUUGUCUUCUGUUGCUACUUAAUUUACUCAAGAACAACAUUUCAAAUCAGAAUUUUUUCAAAGAGGGUAGCUUUAUUCAGAAGCUAGAGCCAUAUUUUGAGUUGGACGCUGGUCAGCAGAGCACCCAGGGGGGCUGGUCAGCUCAGAAGGUUACCAACAUCCAUCUGAUGCUGCAAUUGGUACGAACAAUGGUUUCUCCCAACAACCCUCAGCAGCAGACGACUUCCUGUCAGAGGGUCAUGAACUCUUGCGGGCUCCUGAAGAAGUUGUGUUCAAUACUGAUGGCUAGUGGCGUUCCUGCCGAUGUUUUGACAGAGACAAUCAACACUGUGUCGGAAGUGAUCCGAGGAAACCCUGCCAACCAGGAAUACUUUGCCUCAGUUCUUGCUCCUUCGAACCCACCCAGACCUGCCAUUGUUGUGUUGCUGAUGUCAAUGGUGAACGAGAAGCAGCCAUUCCUGUUGAGAUGUGCAGUGUUGUACUGCUUCCAGUCCUUCCUGUACAAGAACGAGGUGGGGCAGUCCCAGAUUGUACAGACUCUGUUGCCCACCACGGCAGACGUGAACACCAUCACUGCUGGUCAGUUACUGUGUGGAGGUCUGUUCAGUGGUGACUCGCUGUCCAACUGGUUCGCCGCCACGGCCAUGUUACAUGCCAUCCUAGAGAACCCCACCCAGAAGGAGCAGCUGCUCCGUGUCCAGCUGGCCACCAGUCUCGGCAACCCACCAGUCUCACUGCUACAACAGUGCUGUAACAUGCUCUCACAGGGUGGAAAGGUGCAGACACGGAUCGGGCUUCUCAUGCUGAUGUGUGGCUGGAUGUCUAACUGCACCAUCUCAGUCUCCCACUUCCUGUCCAACUCUGCCAAUGUGCCUUAUCUGAUAUCCCAGGUGUCCGGCUCUGAUGGGGACGAGCUAGAGACAUUGGUCCAGGGGUUGUGUGCCAUACUUCUCGGCAUUUGUAUACUCUUCAAUGAUGACCAAACAGAUUCUUUCACCAAAUCCUCACUUCGUCAGAUUAUUGAAAAAAGAAUUGGACUGGAGGCCUUCACAGAUCGACUCUCCCAGGUGUUGAAACACGAAAGUUAUACAAGGGCUGCCAAGAGGCCCCACCUUAACCACAAGCAGCCCAAUGAAGUUCUGUUUGAUUAUGAAUUCACAAGGUUGUUCAAGUACUUAGAAAAUGAAGUUUUACGAAAUUUAUCGGACGACAACAGCACACCGGAGGGGACAAAGAAGGCAGCUAGUAUACACGAACAUGAGAAGAUCGUGGACCAGUACAAGGGGCUCAUCACUGAACAGGAUCAGCAUCUACAGCAGGUUCGACAAGAACUAGAAGAGGUUCAGGCCAGUUAUACUUUAGCAAAUAGUGAAUUGACCGAGCUCCGAGAGCAAGUUCAGCAGUUGAAAGACCAGAACGCUCUCUACAAAGCCCAGAAAGGUUCCAAGGAUCCCCAGGUGGAUGGCAAGAAGGAUGAGGAAAUUGCAGGGCUUCAGAAGAAUGUCUCUGAAUUGAAGGAAUCUUUACAACAGAGAGAUGCCCAGAUUGAUAGACUGAAAAAUGACCUGACAGUGGCCGAGGCACGAGUCAUUGAGCAGAGUGGAGAAGAGGAUAAAGAAAAUAACCCUAACGAAGCAGCUGUGCUACAAGCCACACUUAACAGACUGAACAUCGACCAUGAGGAAGUGAAACGCACAGUAGCAGACCGAGACAAAGAACUUUCAACACUUAAAUCCCAAUUAGAAGCAGCCAAUAAAGAAGUAGAAGAAUUAAAACAACAAGUUACAGAAGUAUCAAACACACCCUCAGGGGGAGACAACUCAGAGAUGCAAUCCAAAAUAGAUUCUCUUGUAGACGAAAAUAAAAAGUUACAAGAAAGAGUGAAAAAAUCAAAUGAAGAAAGUUUAAACAACAUAGAAAAAGGCAGAGUGCUGGAAGAAGAGAAGGAGAAGUACCAGAUUGACAAGGCGGAGAUGCAGGAAGAGCUGGACACCAUCAAGAAGGAGCAGGAGGACCUCCUUGUGCUGCUAGCUGACAACGAUACUCAGAUAGCUACCUACAAGACCAAGCUGAAGGAACUUGGGCAUCCCGUCGAUGAAGAUGAGGAUGACGAGGACUUGGAUGACCUUGCAGAUGAUGAUGAUUAUGAUGGAGGUGAUGAUUGACGGGCACAAUCCUAGUGGCAGCAUACAAGUGGUGCUACAUGUGAUUGGUUGCCUCAGAACAUACAGAGAGAUGUGCUGAAUCCCCAUUGAACAAGUGAUGCGUUGACCUUACUAGUCAUGGAAUACAUGACUGCAGGAAGUAGGAAUCUUAUUGGUCAGUCGCUGAUAUACUUGUUCAGAUGACAACAACUUUGAUAACUUCACUCGAUUGGUUUGACAUCAUUACUGACUGGUUGACCCUUUCAAGUUAUCUUUAAGCCUACAAAUUGUUUGAUUUGUUGAGCACCCAAGUUCACUGAUUGGUUAAUUAUCAAUAUUAUGUUAUUCGCAUUAGGAUAUAGUAUAGCUUUAUCUGAUGUUCAGUUAUAACAUCACUAACAGUUGAUUUAAAACGGUGAUGAUCCAAACUUUCAGAGGGAUUCACAUGUUUCCUGAUAAAUAGAAGGGGCAUCAAAUACUGGAUGUGUAGUACUAAUGUGAUAGACAAAGUCCAAAAUAUAAGAUUUCUUGAAGUUACUUUGGUCCAAAAGCUAGCAGACUAAGUGACAUAUUGUUUUGUGUCUUAUUCCAAACAUGGAUCAUGUGACCUGGCAUUUAUCUGGACCUGCUACAAAGCUGUAAUUCGGCAACAAAUGUUAGUUAAAAAGACUUAAAGUUCAUGUUGCUAUUUUUAUAUCUGAUGACUUGAUCAUGUCGACUUGUGUUUUAUUGAUGUUAAUACUACCAAUUAAAAGGAAGAGGCUUUUAAGUUUAGUUUUACAUUAUUGAAUGUAAAGGUUAUAUAUAAUGUUAAAAAUCCUCUGAAUUUUCUUGUUAAAGCUCUUAGUUUUGAAUGCUAUAUAUGUCCCUUAUGGCAUAUUACCAGAACGAUACACUUCACCAUCCUUCAUGGCAAAGACACCAACUGAUGACAAUGCAUCGGACUGGAUUUAGGUUUCUUGUUAUAAAUCUUGUUUCUUAUUUCCUGUUAAUGCUGUUUAGAUAUGAAGCACCUGUAGCUCAACAAGCAUUGUUACUCUUUAUCUUUAAGACUGUUCAUGUAUUCAGAAUCAUGAUCCUAAAUAUUUGAAUUAAUUCUGUCCAUGUAUAGUUUCUAUCUACAAAAAUGUAACCUGAAUUUAUUUUUUUAUGGGAAGUUCUGGAAGUCCAGGUGUAUCAGGGAGUGUAUGUUGUAGGGUGUACUGGUGUAUGGUGUACUGGUGUAUCAGGUUUUGUGCUUUGUAUAAUUGUAUAUACCUUUCCACCAUUAGCAGUUGAAGCACAUUGCCAAAAGGACAAAUUAUUUGUCAUUUCUUUGCCAAUAUACUCAAGCUUUAUGUAUACUCUUGAUGGAAGUUGAGGAACAUCUGGUGUUUUUUCAUGUCUAUAGUUAAUGUCAUGGCCAUGACAUAUUUAUAGUCAUAUGAAAACAUUGGGUGUUUUUUGUUACUUCUUUUGAGUGAUGUAUAUCAGUAAGGUAAGAUAUACCUAGUUUCUCAUUAAGUCAUUUCUUUAUUGAUAUACAUGUAGUAUGUUUUAAUUUCUUAACAAAUUUGAUUGGAAUUUAGGUUCUACCUGUAUGCUCUGUAUGAUAUUUGUAAAUAGCUGAUGUAAUCACAUAGUGAUACUGUUAUUUAAUUUAUAUUAUAAAUGUGUUUGCUGCCAUGUGUGACAGGAUGAUGAUGAUGAUGAUGAUGUCACUGUAAGCAAGUAUAGGCUACUUACUGCACAUGGUCAUCUGUUGUGUCCGAAAUAUUUAUUCAAAUAUGAGAUGUCAAUCUUAUCCCAUUAUGUUAUGUACACAAAUUCACUAACAUACAUGUGUAUUAAUUAUACUACUCAAUAUUUGCUAAGGAAUACACCCUUGUAUAAAGACAUGACUACAUUGGUCCUUAGCAAAUGUUGAGUAGGAUAAUAUGCAUUGCAGCUGAUGCUGAAAUCACAGACCAACAUAUUCUGUGACAAAGUUAGGUGUGUUACUAUAUGCACAAUUAUGAGCAAGUGUAGAGAAUUACUAUACUAGCUUUACAUGUUAAGUACUCCUAUUGUAUUGCCCUACUUUUCUCUUACCAGGAUUGAUUUUCAUUAAGCCCUUCUUCAGAUGAGCUGUAAUCUUAAAUUAUGUGGAUAAUUGAAACAUUAACACUGGUGCUUAAACAGGAAGGGUAAACAGAGGACUUAUUUUAUGUUUUUCAGAAAACCAAUUAACCAAUUGUUGGUGCUCAAAGCUUUAAACAUCUCAAAUACAGCAUCUUUUUAUAUUUGUAUUUCUCCCCCAUAUUCCUCCUUGAUAGAAAGACAUACCCAUGUAAAACAUAAAGAUGCAUGCAGAGCUUAGCAAGAUGCCUGCCUGGGAUGGAAGUUAGCACUGUUCGAGGUAUUAAUUGGGUUAGUAGAAAUUCAAACAUAUUGCUGUCAAAUCACUGUUCGGCUAGUAGACUUUCCUUGUUUAUGUCCUUCCCAAUGGCUGCCAUCUUACAUGCUAUGCAAUACGUCAUUAAUCUCAUGUUUAUUCUCUUGCUUUGACCUAUAUUGGAGAAUAAUGUGUACAUCAGUCAGAAACUAUAACUAUUGUUGUGAACUGUAAAUCAUUUCUCAUAUUUUCUGCAAAUAUAUAGCUAUUUCUUCAUGGCCAUAAUGUCACCUAAUCACCCUGCUGGUCGUCACCAUGUAGCAGAGGACCCAGUUAUUCUGUGUACAGUUGUGAGUGUAUCUGUGUAUGAGGAGUCUGUGUACAUACAAGUCUUGAAUGUGGAGGAGUCCGCCCGCUCGCUCGCACGCUCAUCAUGGGAAUAAAUGGCUGUUGAGAAGCGA